CUCUCACCCUAUGAGGGGUGUGAUAGGCUCCUGACCUUGAAUUAGAUUAUCAGAAUAACAUUGUUUAAUGGAUGGGUGGAUAUCUGUAUAUUAGUAGGUGUACAGUAUAGAUGAUUCUGUCUGCUGGCAGUAUACAUCAGUACUGCCAAAGUACCAUGAUACAAAUAAUGUGAUUAUUAACUUUGAAUAUAUACACUUUAAUAUUACUGAAGGUGUGUUAGUCUGUAAGUGCUUAUCAUAUGUUUGCGGUCUUCUUAUCUGGUGUUAUGUAAAAUUUUUGUCCUAAACUUUCUCAGUUUUCCCUCCUUUUCAGUUGCCAGCCAUGGCCCUGACAAUUCUUCUGUCACAGCUUUUAGCAACAACCCUACCAGUCUUUGCUCAAGGUUCCAGUACAGAGUGCAAAUGCGAACAUAAAAAAAUAGAACGUUUAACAGCUGGUAAUUAUACUUGGAACAUUGACGAUGUUACACUGGAAAUCAUGUCUGAAGCAUUGGAUCAGUGUAUGCUAAAUAGCUCUGAGAUGUGCCUUGAUAUUAAAUACAAAAACAAUAAAUGUGUCCAUUUGUGUCUGAAGAAGGAGGGAGAUGGAAGCAUUAACCUGGCUUGUGAUGCUAAAGAUAACUGCGAGGGAAGCUCCACCUCCAAACCAUUGCAAGUCUUUGUCAACAACCAGUUUAUCAACACUGCACAACAGUACAAAUUUGAAUCUCUACCAGGAAGCAAAAAGUUGGAUUGAUGCAAUGGAGCACUGCCAGAGAGGGGAUUCCUCUGUAGUUGAAAUUACCAACCAGACAGAUAAUGAUCAAUUAAAGGGUCUGUGGAAAUAUGCAAAAGAUUUACAGAAUGGGGUGUGGAUUGGCCUAGAACGGUCAAUUUUUGGCAAGAAUCCUGAGUGGAAGUGGAUUUCAGGGUCUAAAGUGGAGUAUAAUCAGUGGAAAAACAGCUAUCCUCUCAACUCCUUAAACUACAACUGUGGAAAGAUAAUCUUGGUUAAUGAGACAAAAGAAAUCAAGUGGAUGAAUGACAACUGUCAUGACAAAUUGCCUUUCAUCUGUAAAAGUUUGAAUGAAAUACCCUGCCAUAAUCAUGUGACUACACUGGAUGCAGAGAUUUGCAUGGACCAUGAUAUACACCACAGCUCCCCCGAGAAUGAUUGCAGAGAAUGUCUCAAUAUCCCCACAGUUGAGGUGAGAGUGGGUGCCAAGGGUACAUGGAGGUCUGGGACCCUCUGUGUUGGCCGCUGCCCCUAUAAAUAAUAAAAUACCAAAGAUCUCUUGUGAUUGUGGAAAACAUGAGACAGCUGGAGAAUUGCAUACAUAUAGAAUAUACAUAUUGUAUAAUGCUGUUUAAUGUUUAGAGAAAAAUUAAUAAGAGGGUCAAUAUAUAGAAAUGCUGAAUUUUUCAAUGGUGUUUGCAUGUAAAAGGUAAAUCUUUUUUGAACGUAAUUUUUGUUGUAUGACAUAAUAUAUAUUUAGUUAAAAAUAAGUAAAUGAAUACA